AUGGAGGUGCUGCAGGGGACUUCUUGCUCAAUCCCCUUCCUCAAUGCCGAGCUUGCGGUUUUUUUCACCGCUAAAAUCAUCAUCGGUGGCAGUGGGAAAGCCUCUCCCUCCCAUCAGACCUUUCAUACUUGCACAUACACUGGUGCAGUCACGACCUGCUCGCGGCUUAAUCCUCGCGGUGGACUAGCAGUCGCAUCAAACGCGAGCUCAGACAGCGGCCCCACGCGCUCCGAGAGGCUGACAUGCUCGGAGCGUCAGAAAAUCUUACCCGCGAGCAGCAAGGCGUGCAGUGACACCUGCGGAAGCCCGGAAUUGACAGCCAUGAGCGGCGGAGUGUGCAGAGAGAGCCACGAUAAGCUCAAUGUUAAAGCAGCCCGGUCACUAGUGUAUAAAGCUGACCAGGCUGAAGGGGGAGGAGGCUAG